CUUCUCAGCUGUUGCACUUGAGCUUUCCGCACUUAAGUUCUGUUCAGCGAGAAAUCUUUUCAUCUCCUUUCCAAUUUGUUGCGUGAUGUUCGCUUCGCAUAGACCUCGUGUUUUUCGUUCGCGUCUCGGGUGUUGCAUUUGCGGCGCAAAGUCUUCGAGCUCAAGAUUCACGUCUUCGUCAAAAUACGAGUUGUUGUUUAGAGGUUGCUUUCAAUUGAAUGAGGAGAGGCAAGGAGAGAUCUGCAAUGCCUGUGUACUUCUGGUCAAACGGUGGAAGAAACUGCCCUCUGGAAGUGCGAAGAAUUGGAAACAUGUAAGUUGAGAAAAUCUUACUUCUUUGGGAUGCCGUGUUUUCAGGAAGAGCGCAAACCGCAAAUUCAAAUGUCAUUUGCGCUUGUGUCAAUUUUUGGGUCAACUUUUUUUUUUUAAACACAGGUCGUAGACAGUAAAGCCACAGUGAAAAGAACUACGAAGCCAAGGAGAAGUUCGAGAAAUUCUAUGACUGUGGAAAACGGAAACGAACUAACUUCCACGAUGAACGGUUCAAGAGCAACAAGUGGUCGCAGCGCGAGUUGCGGUGGACAAGAAACUCGAGGUUGGUAAUCGUCUUUAUUGUUUAUUAGGAAAACUUAAAACGGUAAAAACAAUUCUUUUCUUGCCUUGUCUUCGAUGACAGUCGCCCUGUUUUUUUCGAAGACCUCAACUGAAUCGUGUGUUCAUUUGACAUCACUAAAAUCAUCUGGUUUUUUUUUUUUUUUUUUUGUCCAUUUUCUACGUUCUCUUUCAAGGAAACGAAGCCCAUCAAUAAAUGAAUUAAUUAAAACAUAACCAUAACAGAAAUGGUUUGAAACUUCAAUGGGAGAAUGGCCAAGAAAUUAUUUAACUUUUUAUGGUAAAGUUGUGCUUUUGAAAUUACUUACAUAUUCCUGUUUUGCACACGAAAAUGUACGAUUCUGGACAUUUCUAGAAUUUCCUACACCUAAAUAAAAUCACUGAGGCUUCCCUCCCUCAAUCUGCUAAGCCCUCUAUCUCCUAACCAUACUGUUAUUUUAUUUCUUUUCUUUCAUGAACCCUUUACACCUUAUCAUCAGAAUUCAUAUUCUCCAUACUGUUGUCUGUACAUUUACUGAGAUGUUGACAAGGAGAAUUUGUCUCACAAUCAAGAAUUUCUUUAGUUGGCGAUCAUUUCUGUUAAUCUCAUCACAUUAAUGUGUGAUUCAGUGGUGAUAUUGUAAGGAGAAAUUAGAUGCUAGUCAUCCUUAGGGUGUGAACGGUUAAGGGGGGGGAGGUUGUUUCUUUAUUUUAUUAACCAAGCCCAAGGGCCAUUCUAGGAGAGUAUUGGCUUUAAAGAAGAAUGUUUGAAUAAGUAAGAAGGUAAACUUUAAGCCUGGUCUCCAAAUAUGUUUUUAACAAGGAAUCAAGCCUCAGACCUUGCAAUUUUGUGCUCUGAUACUUUGUCUACAGAGCAGUGGAUGGUAAGCAAUGCCAUUUUUUGGUCUUUAUGUCAAAAGCCUACUGCAAUCUGCAAGGAUCUAUUUGCACAUCAACUAUUUUUGAGAAAUCAAAAUGGCUGAUAAAUCAGAGAAUUGUUGUUAACCCUUUAACCCCUAAGAGAGAUCACCUUCUAAUUUCUCCCAAUGGUAUCAGCCCUGAAUCAAACAUUAAGGUCAUGGGAUUAACCCUUUAACUCCCAUGUAUGACCAAGACAGAAUUUCUCCUUACAAUAUCAAUACAAUAUCAAGCAGACAAGUGAUGAGAAUAAAUAAAAAUAUUAAUUAGGGGAUUAUUAGUUGAUCCAAUACCGAAUUCUCAAAAGCAACAUCAGAAGAACUAUAUGGCAGACAGUAAGGAGAAUUACUAAUGAGAUCUUGGGAGUUAAAGGAUUAAAGAAAGGGAUUGCAAACUCAAGAAGCUCUUAAUUGUUGGACAAAUUCUCUUUGUAAGCACCAUAAGAAAUUUUUUGAGAAUGGUAUGGAAAAUAAGCAUGCUGAUGUUAGGGUGUAGAGGAUCAACAGCACAUUUGUAAACAUGCUCUCUGCAUCUCUCCUUGUGCCUUCUGUUUGGAACUGUUUGGAACUGGUUGUCUACAAAGUCAUUAUUUCUGUUCUUACCUCAAUUGCCUGUUUCUUCUCCCCUUAUGGCUUUGUCCUUGGUUUCAUUGAGAGCUUUCAAAAUGCUAUAGGACUUGAAGGAUUGUGCAACCAACUCUGUUGUAAUUUCCUUCCAUGCUCAAUUAUUUAUCCAUUGCAAAACCAGUUCCUUGCUGGGAGAUCACUUCUCUCCCUGAGGGAGGGUAGAUAAAUUGACCAUUCACCAUCCAUGCCUGAUACUGGGUUCUGAUCUUUGUUUUGAAUUGCUUGUUGAUACCCUUGUCAAUGGGCUGCCUGGGAUCACAACAACAUCAGUAUUCAAUCUCAUGGAGAUGGAUGUUAAUGCUUCCAGUUGUUGUACUAUCCCAGGGAAGCUGUGAAGUUUGGGCCACUACUAAGUUCUUUGGCUUUCACUUCCACCAUCAUUCCAUCAACUGACAGAUUUAACAAUGUAGAAACUGAUUUAUCGAUAUAGAAAGUGAGUAGUACAGAAAUGGAAAGGAAUGAUAACAGGUAAACAAUGUUAUAGCUGGUGAUAUCAAUCAAAUGAAAUACUUAUGAAAUGAAAUAUCUCAUAUCUUAUAAUAGUAGUCUUUUCCCAUCUCUCAUCUUCAUUAUUGUCUGAGAGGCUGGAAGAGUGUUUGCAGUAUAUUUAGCUUUCAUGGGUGGUAAACCAUCACAGUUAUGAUUUAUGACAUCUGCCAAUUGUUUGCAGAUGAUGAUGAAAUUGAAACAGAUAGUGGGGAGAUGUCACCCACGUUGAUGUGUGGCUCACCAAGUCCCAGUCCCAGUGAUGUGUCUGAUGAUUUGUCAUCAGGUUCAACAACCACCUCUUCAAAACAAGUGCGUCAAGUGUCAACAGCUUCACAAACAUCCUUUCUGUUCCCAUCCCUUACCUCUUCAGCAAAUAAUAAGCUGCCAUUCAUUGACCUGUCAAUGUGGCGACGUGAAGAAAUCUGCUGUGGCACUAUAUUCAGAGGGCCUCAUGGUGAGGUCCUCGUAGACCCUAAGCUUCUGAACCCUGUAUGUACAUGCUCUUGUAGUGCCAGGCCCCCUGUACAUGUUGCCGAAACAAAGAGUGUUAACUAGAAAUUAUAUAGUGCUCUGGCCUGAAAAGAUCAGUUAAAGAUUUGCUUCCAAUUCUGUUUCUGACAGAGUCCUUUAGCACAUGUUCACAUGACAUUGCAUAACUGAAUCUUGCAAAUUUCAAUCUGUCUCAUCUAAAUAUAAUUUGGUGCAACAUAUACCAUAGUUUCCAAGUUCUUAAAACUCAGAGCCAAAAUGAACAUAUGUUCAUGACAUCAUCACAUACAUGUGCUGCAAUUAUGAUGGUAAGACUUGAAAUAAUUGAUAUCUUCAAUAGCCUUCAAAUGAGUCCAGUAUUAUCAUUUCCAAAGCAAGAGAAUUAUUGUCUUAUAGUUAAUGCAUAUAAUAUUCUCGACUAAUUUUUUUUGUACUCAUUUUGUAUCAAUAUGGGUAGC